AAGAGCAUACAUAAUACCAUUUGUAUUGGGUGUGUGUAAAAAUCAGGUUUAAAGUUACCGUUUGUUUAGCAUCACAUCUUAUUCACCGAAGACCAAUGUUUAAACGUUAUCUGAAUAUCACGUGAGCGUUUAGUCUCUUUACAGUUCAAUCGUUUAACUGUUCACUUUUAUCAGAAAUGGUUUGUGUUUGGAACGUAUUCUUUAUUGCUUGACUUUUAACACAAAAUUUGAAGUGUAUAUUCUUAAAUAUAUGUUUACCAGACAUACUGUGAAGUGAAGUUACAUUUAAACUGAAUUUCAGUUUGCUACAUUAAAUUAUUAAACAUGGCAACAUUUCCUGUGUCAAUCGUUGCCGAUGAUUUAGUUGUGAUCAACGAAUACUUUUGUUCAAUCUGCGAACAGCAGAAAAUCUCGGAAGAUGCAUAUUUUUAUUGUAAAGAAUGCAAAAACUUUUUUUGUAGACGAUGUAUACACUCUCAUAAACAGCAUGGUCUGUUGUUUAAUAAAAGUAAACCUUACGGAAAGGAUGACAUCAUGAAGUGGCCACUUUCUAAGAAAAUGGAGAAUUAUCUUUUAACAUGUGAAAUUCACGAAGGUGAAAUAUUGACAAAGUUCUGCCAGGAUCACCGUCUGCUGUGCUGCUCUAAAUGUAUCGAUCAUGCACACAGGCCGUGCACCCAAGUGACAGGGCUUUCUCAGAUCAAACAGCAGUCAUUAGAUGUAACAAAAUUGUCAGUCAGAAUUUCAAAUACUCUCUCAAGAUUAAAGAAGCUUAAGAGGUAUAGGGAGGACAACAUGAAGUCUAUACAGGGGUCUCAUGCUGAACUUGGGCGAAACAUGGUUGAGACAAUGCGGCUAGAUAUAGAACAUUUCUUAGUCAAAUGUGAGGACACCUCCAAGAAUAAACCAAAAAAUGAGCAUUAUUUAGUUUAUGAAAUGCGUCAGAAAAUAUAUUUGAUAUUAGCAGAAUUUAAUGAUACCACCGUCAAGGAAAUGAAAGAAGAGCUGACAAUCAAACAAGCUCCUCUAAUCAGAGUGAUAAACACCUGCAUCAGGUACCAAUAUGAAUUGUUGCGGCUUAGUGAAGCAAUACAGAAACCAAAAAAUCAGCCAGAACUCAAAGUUAUAGCCUAUUAUAAAUGUCUAGACAUAAUACAGCAGUCUGAGAUUUAUAUGAAUGAGAACUUUUCAGACGAGGUGUUCUCUGUGCAGAGAAUGUCUGAACACAAAGUAAAACAAUUGUUUGAUUCUUACGCAUGCAGUAUCAUUGGCAUCUGUGUUCUGCCUAAUGGACAGAUCCUUAUUUUAGACAAAAGAAAUAAAAAAGUUAAACUGCUGGACCAUCAGUUCCAGGUAGUGAAUCACUGGAGUGUGACUUCUUGUCCGUGGGACAUGUGUCAAAUCACACCCAGUGAGGUUGCAGUGACUGUCGAUGAAAAUAACACACAUAUGGUCCAGUUUAUCAAAGUCAAAGAGAGCCAGCUUGUGCCUGUCGGGAAGCUUCAGUUUCAUCAUAAAUGUAAAGGUUUAACCCACAGCCAGGGAGACCUGUUUAUCUGCUCUGUUAAUUCGCUGUACAAGUACUCACUAGAUGGAAAACGGGUCUGCAGACUUUAUGAGGAUAAAUCAGAUACUGUAUGGAAGUGUGCUGUGAGUCCUUUAGGGGACAAGCUAUAUAUCUCUAACAACUGGCAGUCCAAGCUCCUCACCCUGGCUAGGGAUGGAACAGUCCUGGCUAUCUUUACAGACCCAGAACUACUGUACACAUAUGGACUACAUGUGACUCCCACAGGCCAGGUUCUGGUCUGUGGAUACCAGUCACACACUCUACUACAGGUGAACAAUGAUGGAAGCAGGAAGAUAGCCACUCUGGCAACACGGGAGAGGGAUGGAUUAGUUAUGCCACAGUCAGUCUGCUACAGCAGCACCACAUCCUCCAUAAUUGUGGGACAGUUUGGGGGAAAUAACAUCCUGGUGUUUAGAGUGGAAUAGCUGAUUCAUACACGUAUCUGGUAUUUGUAUUUUUUUACAUGAUUUAUGUUACAAUUACGAAGUGUUGUUAAGCAUUGAAGCUUUUUUAUAACACUGCGUAUUAUAAGAUACCAUGUCAAAUGCGUCUUUGAAUAGAACUAAAUAU